GGGCCCCUGAGGCGCCUCCGCCCAUUGCGCUCCCCGCCCCUCGACCGCGACCGACUCCCGGGGACGGGAAAGGGGCCGCCGCGCAGGGGGCAUGUGGGCUCGCCGUCGCCAGCGCUGCAGCUGUCCCCGCGAGAUUUCUAGGAUUUUGAAGGAUCCCUGGGCCCUGGGUGGGCAGGAGAUGGAGGCUGGCUUCAAGCCUUAGGCUUUCUUCUGGGGUCCCCUUGACAGCCUGAGAAGGGAUGCUAUUCCUAUUUUCACAGACUGAGCUUCCAGGUUUACUUAAUUUACUUUAUGUGGAUACAUGUUUUGCCAGCAUGUAUGCAUGUGCACCCACACAUAUGCCUGGUGCCCAUGGAGUCAGAAGAGUAUGUUGGAGCCCUUAGAACUGGAGUCCUGGAUGGUUGGGAACCAUAAUCGUAUUUACAUGUGCUGUAAAUGAAGACUCCUGACUUCAUUGUUCUCCUGGACUGGGCUCGACUCCCCCAUAGCCUGUGGCAAGCGCCUUUGGUUAUGGCCAGUAACCCCUGCGCCAGGUAGCAUCCUGUACCAACUUUGAAUAUCAACAGGAAGUGACUGGGUAGCAAACAUUCAAGAUCAUAAAUUACUACUGCUGAAGUAACCUCGAAAAAGAAGAAAUCCAGAAUUGGCAGCAUGGCAAAGAUAACCAGAGCUGGCUCGGCAUCCCCUCCUGAUGGAGGCUGGGGCUGGAUGAUUGUGGCUGGCUGUUUUCUUGUUACCAUCUGCACCAGGGCAGUCACCAGAUGUAUCUCCAUAUUUUUUGUGGAGUUUCAGACGUACUUUGCUCAGGAUUAUUCACAAACAGCAUGGAUCCAUUCCAUUGUAGACUGUAUGACAAUGCUCUGUGCUCCACUUGGGAGUGUUGUCAGUAACCACUUAUCCUGUCAAGUGGGAAUCAUGCUCGGCGGCUUGCUGGCCUCUACUGGCUUCAUCCUGAGCUCCUUUGCCACGAGCCUGAGGCACCUCUACCUCACUCUGGGAGUCCUUACAGGUCUUGGGUUUGCACUUUGUUACUCUCCGGCAAUUGCCAUGGUGGGCAAGUAUUUCAGCAGGCGGAAAGCCCUCGCUUACGGGAUUGCCUUGUCCGGAAGUGGCAUCGGUACCUUCAUCCUGGCUCCUGUGGUUCAGCUCCUGAUUGAACAGUUCUCCUGGCGAGGAGCCCUGCUCAUUCUCGGAGGCUUCGUUCUGAACCUCUGUGUCUGUGGUGCUCUGAUGCGUCCAAUUACUCUCAGAGAGGACCAUUCGUGUCCAGAGAAAAAUCACGACCACGGAACUCCGAGAGAAGACUGUAAGCAGGCGUCUCCCUACUCACCGUUGACCAAAGAAUGGACAGAGACCCGCUUUUGCUGCUCUUUGCAGCAGGAGUACGGUUUUUUACUGAUGUCAGACUUCGUCGUGUUAGCCGUCUCUGUUCUGUUCAUGGCUUACGGCUGCAGCCCUCUCUUCGUGUACCUGGUGCCUUAUGCUUUGAGUGUCGGAGUGAGCCACCAUCAAGCUGCUUUCCUUAUGUCCAUACUCGGUGUGAUUGACAUUGUUGGCAACAUCACAUUUGGAUGGCUAACUGACCGAAGGUGUCUGAAGAAUUACCGGUAUAUUUGCUACCUCUUUGCUGUGGCACUAGAUGGGCUGUGCUAUCUGUGUCUCCCAAUGCUUCAAAGUUUCCCCCUUCUUGUGCCUUUCUCUUGUACUUUUGGCUACUUUGAUGGUGCCUAUGUUACCUUGAUCCCAGUAGUGACCGCAGAGAUAGUAGGGACCACCUCCCUGUCAUCAGCACUCGGCGUGGUAUACUUCCUUCAUGCAGUGCCAUACUUGGUGAGCCCACCCAUCGCAGGAUGGCUGGUGGAUACGACAGGCAGCUAUGCCGCAGCAUUUCUUCUAUGCGGAUUUGCCAUGAUAUUUAGUUCCGUACUGCUUGGCUUCGCCAGAAUUGUAAAGAGGAUGAAGAGAACACAGCCGCCAUUCCUGGCCAAAGAAUCAGACCCCAAGCGGCAGCUAUGGACAAAUGGAUCAGUGGCCUACUCUGUAGCAAGGGAGUUAGAUCAGAAAGACGAGGAAUCCAUGGCCACCGCCGUGUCUGGUUGCAACCUCACGUGACCAGUGUGGCCUUACCCCUGGGAAUCUUCAAGUCUGAUGGACCAGAGGCUACCAGAUUGUUUAGAGUUUGGAAGUAUCUUAUUUUGACAGUGUAUCACCUCCCAGGAAAAUCAUUAAUAUUGUUUUGCUAACAUAUUUAUAAGGGGGAAGUAACCCGUAGCAAGGAAAUCUGGAGUAGCCUAGAAUUUUUUCAUUCGGGGUUUAUACUCAGUACACAGCUUAAUUCCACCAGGAGGUCAGCACGUAGUUGAUGGGAUUAGCAAGGGUAACUCUAGAGCAGGGGCCACUGAGUAGCAGUUUUGUCAUCACAAAGUCCCAGUCUCUCUCUCUCUCUCUCUCUCUCUCUCUCUCUCUCUCUCUCUCUCUCUCUCUCUCCUCUCAUUCUGAGUGAGCAUGGGGUGCACUGGCAGAGAGUGGAGAGGCAGAGAUUGCCAGAGGGCAGAGUGCCUCAGUUUUUAGAUGGCAAAGCUGUAUUUUAGACUUUUUGGAAGACAAUGGUUAAUAUACAAUGAUUGUCUUUUCUUAGUUUCCCAGCCAACUUGUGACUCUUCCAAUGCGUAGACAUCACUCCAGAGUCUGAACAAUCAUGAAACACCAUGGUUAGAUUGAAUGUUAGAGGGUGGCUAGUAGUAAUAGUUUGAAAUUGUUUUGUUGAAACAGGAAGCUCUCUUGGUCAGACUGUGUCCCUGACACUCACCUCUGUCACUAGCACAACCCAUUCAAGGGAUGGGGCAUCGUCUCCAUCUUUUCACAGACCAGGAAUCCCCACCUUCUUCUUCUUCAAAAAAAAAAAAAAAAGUUUUGAUUUGAAUUGUAGACACAUUCCUGUUAGGACUAGAAAAAUGUUGACUGUAUUCCAACUGAGCAGUAAUUGAAUUCUCAAGUCAGCAGGUAUCUGGUGAGAGGAGUUUUCUCUGCAAAGCAGUCAUUAUUAAAUUCGUCGUUGUCCAGAAGAGGGCUUGGGGGUUUUUCCUAUCGUACAGAUGAUCUAAAAAUGGCAUUCAGUGUUUCUUGUUGGAUAAUAACUGUAAAUCUGACUCAUUGGCUUAGAAUCAUCUGCUCAUUCUCAAAAGCCUGACUCUCCUGAAUUUUCAGAUUGGAGAAGAGGACAAGGGUUAACGAGAGGAAGGGUGGCACUCUCUGUUUAUCUCCAGCUGUUUCAAAUCCACAGAAUGAAGAGUCCUGAGUCCUCAAUCAUGUCCCAUCUGCAAAGAAGGACAAGUUAUGUAAUUAUUAAAAGGGGAUUUUUAAUUGUUCAAGAGUUUAAAUACAAGUCACAAGGAAACAUUUUCAUCUCAAGGCCAUUUAACCUAUUGCCCCCAAGAGGCCUCAGAGUGAAUUUUGCCAGACAUGGUGCUGGGAGAAAUAACAAAGCAUUGAGGAAAGUCAGGGGAUGGCUGAGUCCUUGCUUGAACUGAGGCAUGUUUGUGUUGCUAUAUUCCUUUCAUAAUGAGAUAAUGGCUUGAUUUGAUGGAGAAAAUUAUACUACUUCAUUGUAGAUUUUAACAGAGAAAUUUGAAUGUUCUGUCUUUAUUCAACCUGGGGCUUUAGUUUUGUAUCUAUUUACUUUGUUAUUUGUGACUUUAAAAACAUUUUGGGUAUAUCUGUAAAAAUUUAAAGUUAAAAUGAAAUACUUGUUUUGGAAUAGCACUUUACCUUAAGUGUCAUUUUUUAAAUUUUAAAAAUGAUUUUAAAAAAUUAAGUGCUCUUAUUUGUAUGUUUUCAAAGCAUUGACUAUAGUAAAUUUUUGUUUAUGUGAUUCUAUAAUAUAAUAUAAUUCUCUAUUGUGUUUAUGAAAAGCUAGGAUAGUGAUCAAAGGUAUUAAAAUUUAUAUAAAAAUAUUUCAAAUCUUUUGACUUUAUACAUGCAAUAAAUUUGUACUCUAACUUUCUUGGGGCAACAUUUUUGAAGAACCAGUAAGAAAAGCUCUAGCUCUUAGAGUUUACAGUUUUGGCAUCUAUACAAAAUUUACUGUUUUUUUUUUUCUCCAUGUAUUUAAGUGGUUGAUUCCAAAGCUAAGGAAUUCAUGGGAACAGUGCAUUUUAUGAAAUCGAGAAUAAAACUGUAGAGGAAUGAUUCUAUGCCUUAAAUAUUUGUUUAUCCAACUGUAAGUUCUACUUUGGAACUAAGUAGGAAAACAAGAAAUAAUCUAACUUUUCAAUGUGCCAUUUAUUCCUUUAAGUUAUAAUUUUACUAAUGGAUCAGAUAUGUAGGCUAAUGUUUUUCUAGUACAAAGGCAAAAUAAAAUUGAUUUAUAGUCA